AUGUUGGUGGUGGUGGUGGUCGUGCUGCUGGUGCUGCUACUGGUGAUGAUGCAGCUGCUUCUGAUGACAGUGGAGGUGUUGAGAUCCUUUGAGGUGGUGGUGGUGUUGAGAUCCUUCGAGGUGGUGGUGGUGUUGAGAUCCUUCGAGGUGGUGGAGGUGUUGAGAUCCUUCGAGGUGGUGGAGCAGCAGCAGCAGCAGCAGCGGCUCCUCCCCCGUCGUAAUGUGAUUGUUGACCCCAGGACCCCAAAAUGCUGCAGCAGAGCUUGA